AUGCUGACCGAAGGAGUCGAAGAUGAAAGUAAAGGAUUCGUAGAAACUAUAAAAGAUCAAACAAAAACUGAACUUACGAAAGGUCAGAAAGAAAGCGAACUUAUGAAAGACGAAACAGAAAGUGAACUUAUAAAAGAGCAGACAGAGGGUGAAAUUGUUAAUGGUCAGACAGAAAAUGAACUUAUGAAAAAUCAAACAAAAAACGGAUUUGCGAAAGAUCAAACAAAAAAUGAGCUUACGAAAGACCAAACGAGAAAUGAAUUUAUGAAAGAUCAAACAAAAAAUGAAAUUAUUAAAGAUCAAACGGAUAAUGAUGCUUUACCACAAGAAAAAUUUGCAAAUCAAAAUGACCAAAAAAAGAUUCAAGAAUCUAUAUCGCAAGGCCAAAUAACUAAAGCUAAGAUUAAAAAAGUAAGAUUCGGUGAAAUAACAGAAUGUCAACUUGACAAAGAUCCUAGUUAUAACGAACCUUCUCAAUCGUCCAGAUUUUACGAAAAAAGACAUCAUAAGAUUGAAAGAUAUCAUAAGAUUGAAAGACACCAUAAAAUUGAAAAAACAGAUGUAACCUUGAGUCCUGAAAAAGCUAGUAAAUUAUUUGGAAAAUUGGGUUUGGCCGAAGCUUGGGAAAAAUUCGUUUCACCAAAAUCACAAAAUAAAAAGCGUACAAAGGCAUAUUUAAGGAAAAGAUUGGCUGAGAAACAAAUGUUAAAAACAGUCAUUAAAUACUGGGGAAAACGAGAUGAAACUUUAAUUCUUCCAACAAACUCCUCACUUUCUGUAACAUUAUCUCAAGAUCAAUUACAUAGUAAAACCACAAUUCGAGCUUCGCCAGAUUUUGAAAAAACUAGGCUUUGGCUUAACGGCGUUGAUGUCGAUAUAGAAAAAAACAAGCGAUUACAAAAUUGCUUGCGUGAAGUUCGACGUUUACGUAAAGAAUAUGAAGAGAAAUUGCGUAAAGAUAAAGGCCCAGAUAAUGUCUUAACUUUGUCGGAAUAUAAUCUUCACAUUUGUUCUGAAAAUAAUUUCCCUACAGCUGCUGGACUAGCUUCAUCAGCGUCAGGCUUUGCAUGUUUGACAUAUACACUUUCUCAAUUAUAUGAAUUACCGAUAUCUACUACUGAGUUAUCAAAAAUCGCAAGACAAGGAUCGGGAUCUGCUUGUCGUUCAUUAUUCGGUGGAUUUGUAGCAUGGGAAAUGGGUUCUCGUGAUGACGGAUCCGACAGUCAAGCAGUACAAAUUGCUCCACGAGAUCAUUGGCCUGAAUUGGAAGCUUUGAUUUGUAUAGUCAGUGACACCAAAAAGGGAGUCAGUAGUACAGAAGGAAUGCAAAACACGGUCAAUACUUCUACUCUCCUUCGACAUCGUAUUGAACAUGUUGUUCCUGUUCGAAUGAGAUCCAUGAUUGAUGCUAUUCGUGAACGAGAUUUUCAAAAAUUUGCCGAAAUUACUAUGCAAGAUUCUAAUCAAUUUCAUGCAGUGUGUUUAGACACUUUUCCUCCAAUUUUUUAUCUUAAUGACGUUUCUCGAGCUAUUAUUCGUGUGAUUACAGAAUAUAAUUCUUCUAAUUCUGAAAAAAAAUUAAAAGCUGCUUAUACUUUUGAUGCCGGGCCAAACGCUGUGAUUUAUACAACUAGUGAGAACAUUCCCGAGAUAAUUAACUUGAUAGCAAAAUACUUUCCGGGCAAUGAUGAUGUAAAAAAUUAUUUUUCUGAUCCUUUUCAAUUAUUUGUUGGAAAAACUAUUGGAUGUCAACCAUUACCUUUAGGGUUCAAUGACCAGAUAAUUCCAGUAUUUCCUAAAGGAAGUGUUAAACAAAUUUUGCAUACAAAAGUCGAUGAUGGGCCAAAGAUUGUGGUUGGAGAAUCUGAUGGAUUACUGAAUAAACAAGGAUGGCCAAAAAGACUUAAAUAA